AUGCGCUCUCUCCUUUUGGUGGUUGUGGGGGCCCUCCCCCUCUUGACUUCUGCAUGGUCAGAACACACUCUCUUGACCCGAGCCACGGGAAACGCGACGUCGUGUGAAUCGGGCGACAAGGUCUGCGGCGCCUUCUGCAUCCCAAGCGACUACACCUGCUGUCCUGAUCUCGAAGGUGGUUGCUCGUCCAAGUCGGUUUGCCAGAAGGGCGACAACGACGUGUACGGAUGUUGCCCUGUUGGGGACACGUGCUCGGGUGACGGCGGCGCCGAGUUCCUUGACAGUGAGAGUUCGACGUCAACCAACACGGCCGAUGCCUCGGUUGCCUCCAAGACGACUACAGCGACCAAUGCAGCUCAGCCUCAGGUCAUGGCCAACGGACUUGCAGUUGCCAUUGUCGCCGCCGGUAUCGCCGCUCUCCUAUAA